CCAAAGCUCACUACACAGGGUCGCCCCCCCACCCCAUUACUGUUACCGCCGCCCUCCCCCAGUCACGGUCGCUAUGGAUCAGGACUUUGGCCACUUCGACGAGCGGGACAAGUUAUCCCGGACCACCCGGAACGCGCGCGCGAACGGGCUGCCCAGCCCCACCCACAGCGCCCACUGCAGCUUCUACCGCACGCGCACUCUGCAGGCGCUGACCAACGAGAAGAAGGCCAAGAAGGUGCGCUUCUACCGCAACGGCGACCGCUACUUCAAGGGCAUCGUGUACGCCGUGGCCACCGACCGCUUCCGCACCUUUGACGCGCUGCUGGCCGACCUGACGCGCUCGCUCUCCGACCACAUCAACCUGCCGCAGGGCGUGCGCUUCAUCUUCACCAUCGACGGCGGGAGGAAGAUCACCUGCAUGCAGGAGCUGGAGGAAGGAGAGAGCUACGUCUGCGCGUCGGAGAACUCCUACAAGAAGGUCGACUACACCAAGAACGUCAACCCCAACUGGUCCGUCAACGUCAAGGCGUCGGCCAACCAGAAGGGGCUGCAGUCGCUGGCCAGCGGCAAGGGCGGCGGCGAGGCCAAGGAGAGCAAGGACUUUGUGCGGCCCAAGCUGCUGACGGUGAUGCGCAGCGGGUCCAAGCCGCGCAAGGUGGUGCGCGUGCUGCUCAACAAGAAGACGGCGCACUCCUUCGAGCAGGUGCUGACCGACAUCACCGAGGCCAUCAAACUGGAGAGCGGCGCGGUCAAGAGGAUCUACACUCUCGACGGGAAGCAGGUCACAUGUCUCCAGGACUUCUUCGGGGAUGACGAUGUCUUCAUUGCCUGUGGCCCGGAGAAGUUCCGCUAUGCUCAAGAUGAUUUUUCCCUGGACGAGAAUGCACACUUUCCCUCCGGAGCCAAAUCCAAGUCUGGCCAGGGUGCACAAAGCCAAGAUUACGGAGCAGCGAGGAUGAGUCCUAAAGGGGUCGCUCAGAGAAGUUUGACCAAGAGCCCCGGUCCAGCCCGUCGCACCAAGUCCCCGAUAGAAUCCACCAAUGGGACCGCAUCUAGCAGCCAGCUCUCCACCCCCAUCUCCAAGCAGUCCCCCAUCUCCACGCCAACCAGCCCAGGCAGUCUUCGCAAGCACAAGGACCUAUACCUGCCCCUCUCUCUGGACGACUCUGACUCCAUGGGGGAGUCCAUGUAGACCCCCUCUGCACCCCCCACCCCCAACUCAGCGAUCCCCACACAGAGGUAUCUUUGGUGCUCACAUCUGAUGAACCUCUAUCUCUCCUCCUGACUCUACACUAAGACUGCCUGCCCUCAACUGCACACUGUACCUGGGAACGCAUCCAGAACACCAAUCACCACAGUGUUAUUUCCAUUUGAGAGUUUUUGCUUUGUUUCUUAGGGAGUAAACAGUGGUAGCCCCUAUUGGGUUGUGAUAUUGUGAUGUAGGCAUUUUACACAAACUGAUACAUUUUUUUUCCUUACAUGAAAUGAAGAUGAUUAUUUUAGCUGCAGAUGCCUUUAAGUGCAUGCAGCAUACUCUUAAAUCCACUUAUACACUCAUACACAUACGCACAUACUCUCAAAUAUGCACACACUCACACUUUGGAAGUUGAAAUACUUAAAUGUUUCUGGCAAAAAAUGAUUCAUAAAGGACCGCGGCACAGUGUUUCUAUUUUUAUUGUCUUCUUUGAUGCACCACUUUAUUAUCCCAUUAUAAUGAUGCAUCAUGUCAGUCAAAAAUAUACCCUAUAAUAUAUGCAGAUAAAAGCAUAAUUUACAGUGAGCUACCUGGGUGUUAACAUCUGAAUUUUGGGAAGGUGCCAUAGGGUUUGUUUAGUCUAUCUGCCAGUUACGUGGCUUGUUGUUUUUAAUUGAUUGAUUUAAAUAUCACUCACUGGGUGUUUCCCAAUGUGGAGAAGGCUGAAGGAAAUGAGGAUAUAUUUUUCCAGUAUUGGGACACACCCAGUGAAAAACAGGGAAUUUUAAACUUUUCAUCAGGCUCCAUGGGUGGAUCUCUGAGAAAAGGCCCAGCAUUAUUAAGUCAUGAAUUUAGAUGCAUGUUCCAAACGCUUAACAAAGCCAUUUACAAUUCCCAAUCACAAUGCAGCCUGAUUACUGUGCAGCCCCUUCAGUGCCCUUUUAUUAGAAAAGCUUAACAGCAGUUAAAAUUAUUGUAGUAAAUACUUACUCAUGUACAUGUAGAUUGUAAUUGCAAUUUGGGUAAAUGAUGUGGUCACACUUCUGCUCAGAUCUUCUUUAGAUGUAGGACACAUCUUGUAUUUGUAUAGCUAUUUAUUGAAUAUCUUUUUUGUUGUUGAACUUGUAAGAUAAUUUCACACAACCUACAAUUUCUCGGUCUGAGAAAGAAUACAACAUCAAGAAUAACGGGUUCAGGUGAGAUGACAGGGUAUAUUUAUUGUGUUAUGAUACAGUAUGCCAAUUUUCAACUAUUAAAAAAUUAAGAAUGCAUUAUAUUUCAACUCAAUUUAUGGAAUAUAAGUCUUAAGAAUGAAGGAAUGUGUAGGAAACAUAUUUAUGACACAAAUCCAGAUGGUAUCCUAUUUAUUGUGAACGACAUUUGCUUUAAAAUGAAAACACACUGGUAUGUGAAGGGUUGAGAGAGUUAUAGUUCCAAUAUAGAUAGACUCUAAUGGCUGAAAUAAUAAUUUAUGCUAUCCCUCUGCAAGGGAUAAGCCUAAGCCUGUCAACUAGUCAUUAAACAAAUCUUAAAGAAAUAUAUACUGUACUGUCCUUUCCAACAGACAGUCUAUAUGGUAAAAAUCGUCACUUCAAUAAAAUUAGUUAUAAAGUUUUCAACUGUCUGUCAGAAAACCCUCUGCUUAUUUUCUUUUUGUCUUAUUCAUUAUACCUCUCAGUAUUUCUAACUAUAUUUUUUUUUGUUAAGAGUCCACAAUCACACAGAAUGGCAAACAAAAUUCUCUCAACCCCCCCAGUGGUGCUUCUUAAUCUUUUCACAGAAUAAAUGGAGUAACUUUCCUUUCAUUUGUUCUUGAGAUUAAAGGUAAUCACAGUAAAGGGGUUAUUACUCUUUGAGCCAGUUUCACAGACACAGAUUAUGCCUACUCAUAGAUUACAUACAAUUUUAACUGGAGAUUGUCCAUACAAAACAUAGUUUAGUCCAGGACUAAGCCUAAUCUGUGUCUGUGAAACUGGCCCCUCGUCUGUUACUUUAAACCAGCACAGGCCUGCCUGAAUUACAGGGACACUUCACCUGGCUCUCCUCUUUGCUUUGUCACAGUGACUUUUCAGUGCUUUGAAAUGUUAAUUCAGUGUGUUUAACCCCUGCCCUGCAAUGCAGUCUGUUUUCUUGUUCUUGUUAUCUCAGUGACGCCUGCUGUAUUGCUCUUUAUACUGUGUACUCGUGUUGUUAAAAUAUUUUGUCCAGUGUUGCAGACGUGCUUUUUUCUCUCAUUCCCAAUUCACCUGCUCAUGUUCGUAUCUGGAACCCGUUCCCCUAAAAUAGUACACUCUUCUCGUAUCUUCCCUCAUAUCUCGUCAUAUUAUACGCUGAGAUGUGCAAUGUGCAUUUCAGUUACAGCAGACAAUGAAAGGCAGACACAGACUAAACUUAACAACUGAAAUGACUGCUCUAAUCAUGAAACGUGUGCUCUCAUCUGACUCUCUCCACUCUGACAAACCCACAGCCAUAUUUUCAUCUUCUUAAACAUCAAUCUACCAUACACUCAGUGAUGAGGAAUGGGGAAUCUAUGGCCACUGCGAUAUAUAUCUACCGUAUCUUCCUAAUAACCGGUAUUAUAUGUGAAAGAUAGAUUGAGCUGUGGGAAAUGGGAUGUUACUAUCAGCCUUCCGCUGUUGGUACUACAGUACGACUGUUGGAAUUAAGAAUAUCUGCUCUUUUCAUGAAUUACCCUGUCAGCUGUUGAUCAGGCAAGUGUUAUCUAUCCAAGCUAAAGUGGGUAAUCCCAACAAUGUUUGCCUCUUUUUGUGGAGCCCUGAAAGUUGACAAUCCCAUCACAUAAGUGACAGUAUGCAGUUGCAUCUGUGUCUUUGUCCAGGACCAUGCAGUUAUGUGGUCUGAAAUCAGCUAUAAAAUAGCCGAUUGAAGAACACAAUUCAUGGAAAGAAUACUCUUUUGUGAGCCAAAUGAUUUUUUAUGUAGUAGACUGCUGUCAAUUCAGCAGACCCAGCUGACACACCCACACACACACACACACACACACACACACAUUGUUAAUAGAAGUUAGACUUUGGUAUCGAUGUGCUGUGUUUGAAGUCGAGAUGUCUUGAAGUCUCCAUUUAUAUCGUGGCCAAGCUGCACACUGAUGGUCCCUGUUUUGUCGAUCUGCUGAAACCAUCAGAGAACCCUUAUUUCACAGUGCACUUUCACUGCUUUUAACUGUAACACUUUAACUGAGGAAGAGGAAUGAGGGAACAAGGUCUCAAAGCAGAGAUGAGCUGUAAUUGGCUAAUGUCAUAAUCUCCAUCAUCACCUACCUGUAACACAUUGAUAAAUGUCUCUUUUUCCAUUAUCUGUAUUCUGUGUUGUCACAUCCCUCUCAUGGCAAGUAUACAGUAUGUAAAACUUUAUGUCACAGUAUAUGCAGGUGCACAGGACUACUACUGUAAAUACAUGGGUGUCCUAUGAUGUAACACACUCUUGUUAUUGAAUAUAUGCUGAAAUACCUCUUACUCUAUUGGGGUAUGUUUUGAUUUAUUUAAAAGUCAAACAGAAUUGAAAACCAUAAUUCAUUGGUCUGUACAUAAAAUGUCCUGCAUGGAUUUUCUCUUUAUCUGAGUAUUUAAGAAUGCAACAUUGAUUACUGAAUGUGACUGUAGCCAAAAUUGAAGCCAUUUUAAAAAACAUUUUAAUUUUGACCAUAUACAGAAUGGUCCCUUAUUGUAAGUGCAAUCUUAUUGGUACAGUAUGAUCACUUUAGCCACUGAAAGGUACUCUGCCAAAACACAUCAUGUAUCUUAUCAGACAACCUGUGUAUAACAGUUUCACUAAAUGCUGAGCGUACUUUUUUAACAGCACUUCCUUGCCAAUUUUGUGGAUGCUUUUAUAUCAUAUUUAUUGAAUGUUUGUAUCAAAAUAUCACAGAUUGUCAAUCUGCACAAGUCACAUUGUUUGCAUCUCUGUGACUACGGGAACAAUCUUUUGUUUUUGAAUGGUCUCCACACCUGGAGGAUGUAAUUAUUUUUUUGAUUUCAGAACUGGGAAUUUAUAUCCUUUCCUAUUCUCUGUAGGGGGAAAUUUUUUAUUAGCUAUUUUUCAAAUUGCCAUUGUGCCAGUCUAUUUGUACAUACAUUUUUAUGAUUGACUUUUGACCACUCUUGCUUUUAAGUGUCUGUUUACAUGGUUUUCAAAUAAGCCAUAACAAUACUGGUGCAACAGGGCAUAAAAAGUUUUACAAUUAGUUACAGUAUGAAAUAUAUUUUACAGCAUAUUUAAGGUGUAACCCUCCUUUUAAAAAUAACCGCUGGAUUCUGAUGUAUAGUCAUAGGAAUUAGUCAUGGCAUCAGUGGCAUGUCCAUUUGUGAGGUUAUUGCUUGCAGUUUCAUUUUUUUUUUUUUUCUUAGGGGAAAUAAUGAAAUGAAAAAGCAUGGUGUUUAUACGCAGUAUUACGGGUGCAUGCUCACAGUGGCGGGAUAGCCGGACACUGUAGAACCCAAACAAGAGAGGACGAAUUAAGUUUGAUUCCAGAGAAAAUGUAAUGGCUUUGUUUAACACACGACGGGGGUAAGCUCUGUAAAUGGCUAGAUGUGAGAAUACUCAUUUUUGUAUUGAGAUUUCAUAUGGAUUACGUUAUUUUGAAUGUGACAUCGCCGACUUAUUUUGAGCACCGUAAGGAUCUCAGCAUGAUUAAUCUUUUAACCUUGUAUAAAAAGUCAUAAAACGGGGGUCCUGUCCAUCGAUAUUAUCAUCAUACAAUGUGAAAGAACAGAACUGUAAACGCUUUCCGAAAGUCCAUGAUUCAGACCUACUGAUCUGUGAUCGUACAGUCUGUCUUUCCAAUGUGCAUUCUUUGCUAUGUACAUUACCAGUGUGCUGUACUAUCCAAACCAAUAAAUUUGAUUACAAAA